UACCUCGACAGCUUCCUCAAGACACAGCACUACCUGUUGCACAUGGAUGGCCCGCUGCCCUUCGACUGCCGGCACUACAUCGCCAUCAUGGUGAGCNNCCGGCACCAGUGCCGGUACCUGGUGAACCUGCAUCUGCUGCAGUUCCUGCGGGUGGGUGGCGAUCCCCAAUGGCUGCGCGGCCUCGACUUCAUCCCCCCUAAACUCCGCAACCUCAACGAGAUCAACAAGAUCCUGGCACACCGGCCGUGGCUCAUCACCAAGGAGCACAUCGAGAAGCUGCUGAAAAUCAGUGAGCGGAGCUGGUCGCUGGCAGAGCUGGUGCACGCCGUCGUCCUCCUGGCGCACUGCCACGCGCUCGCCAGCUUUGUCUUCGGCUGUGGCUGCGAGCAGGAUGAGGGCCCGGGGGGCCGAGGUUCGCUGAAGCCCUUGUCGCCCGGGAACCAGUGCUUCUGCGAAGCCACCGCCAGCAACGGCUGCAGCCAGGAGCUGCUGCGCAUCAACCGCAAGCGGUCCCUGGACUCCUGCAUGGAGCUGGAUUCCCUCCGGGAACGCAUGCAGCGGAUCCACGUGGAGACCGAGGGCAGGGAGGAGAUGAGGCUGCUGCAGCAAGACCGAGAGGAAGAUGCUGAUGGGGAAGUCACCGGUGCCACCAACCUUGCGUGCUACAUGCAGGACCCUGACUUUGGAUACCAGGAUUUUGCCCGGCGCGAUGAGGAUCAGACGCAGGUAUUCAGAGUCCAGGAUUACUCCUGGGAAGACCAUGGCUUCUCGCUGGUCAACCGGCUCUACUCGGACAUCGGCUAUCUCCUGGAUGAGAAGUUUCGGAUGGUGGACAGUCUGCAAAGCAGCGCCAUGGCCAAGCGUCAGGGCUGCGAACCCUCCGUUUUCAAGCGUGGCAUCUGGAACUACGUCCACUGCAUGUUUGGCAUUAGGUACGACGACUACGACUACGCAGAAGUGAAUCAGCUCCUGGAGCGAAUGCUCAAAGUUUACAUUAAAACUGUAACCUGCUACCCAGAGAAGACAAACCUAGAAAUGUUUGACAGGUUCUGGAAGCAGUUCAAGCACAGUGAAAAGGUGCACGUGAACCUGCUCAUCCUGGAAGCCCGCAUGCAGGCAGAGCUGCUGUACGCGCUGCAGGCCAUCACCCAGUACAUGAUCUCCUAGAGAGGGGGGAGCUGUGCUGCGGCAGGGCCGGGCAGCACCCUCUCUCCCUGGACUCGUGCCUGACCCAUGGCACUGGGACGGACGGCGAGGGAGUACUCAAUUUAGUUUACUUGACUGUCUUGUUCCCUUCCCCCCCUCCUCCUUGUGGGGCUCGCCGAGUGGCCCUGUUACGUGCAAUUACCAAGCUGUGAGGCAA